CCCGAGUUCCCCUUCAUCCUACCCCAAUACACCGAGCAUCAACCACUAAGAUGACGCCGCCAGACGACAACAACAGCCUCUCCAUUAGCAUCAUUGACACCAACGACUACAACGCCAUCUCGCAGUGCACCUUCGACACGGAUGGCGACAAGACUCUCAUCAACGGCAUCACACCCCAAGGCAUGCAGCAGAUCAUGGUAGGCCCGCCACAGCCCAUCACGGGCGUCAGCUGCUAUGGCAUGUGCGUGUCGACGUACGGCGAGUGCUAUGAUGCCAAUCGGCAGUAUUUCGGGCCUUGCUGCAAUGGGUAUUGUUCUGCUACGAGGUGUCAGCCCUGGGUGUAGGGUGGUGCGUGGCGAUUGGUGGUUGGCGUUUGAGAAGAAGUCUAAAUGUGAAGUGUAUUCACUUUGUGGCUUUCAG